AUGGAAAGUAACUACUGCGAGAAAGUAGCCGACGUCGGUGAGAGCAAUAACGGCGUUAUGGUACGGCAACAGUUGACUUCGCUGGGUUACGGUAUCGAUAAAAUGAAGAAAGUGGUUAACAGGUGUGGCGACAGCUCCGACCAGAUGCUCUCGCAGCUGCUGGCAGUCACCUGGCCAGAGGAGAAGGCACUGUAUAUGUUAACAACUUGUUAA